AUGCAUCUAAUUCUCACUGGUGCUACAGGCCUUGUUGGCUCCAGCGUGCUAGAUGCUAUGCUCAAGUCGAAAGAGGUCACUAAGAUCUCCAUCUUGAGCAGAAGACCAGUGCCCUUGGCGGAGAAAGAUUCGAGAGUCAAUACGAUAAUCCACAAAGAUUUUACCAAGUACGAGCCUCAAGUUCUAAAGCAGCUGCAAGGCGCAAACGGGGUAGUCUGGGCAUUAGGGAUCAGCCAACUCAAGGUGACAAAAGAAGAAUAUGUCACCAUCACAAGAGACUUCCCUCUCGCUGCUGCUGAGGCUCUUUCCACCCUGUCACCCGCUGAGGAGCCCUUUCGCUUCAUAUACGUCUCUGGUUACGGUGCGACCACAAGCCCAGGACCAUUCACGUCACUAUUCGGGCGUGUAAAGGGAGAAGCCGAGAGGAAACUAUCUGAGCUACGCACGUCAAAAUUUCAUGUCGAGACUGUACGUCCUUGCCAUGUAGACGCUUCCAAUCACGGCGCGAUCAAGCCGCACAUUCCCAAUCCUGGUAUGGUGUACAAUGCUCUUGAUCUAGUUCUUGGACCGAUUAUACGGACGAUGUUUCAUUCCAUGCACAGUCCAACUGAACGACUUGGACCUUUUCUGACUGGGAUAGCAAUGGGACGGUACGAUAAAAAGUUGGAAGCAGGCGGUAAUGGUAUCUUGAAUUUGAAUGGAUCGAGGAUAUUGGAGAAUGUGGCAUUUCAAAGGCUAUAUCGACCUUGA